UGUCUCCUCAUGCCGUGAACGGUCUCAGAACUCAGUCUGGUCUGAAAAUGUGGUUGCAGUUUGUUUUUGUUUUAUUUCUCCACACACAAAGUGUGGUGGCUGAGUUUGAUGAAACAGAUUCAGAGGAGUUAUGGGGUUCUGUAGAAGGCUCGAUGUUCAGCCCCGAUGAAUAUGAUCCAGUCAUGCCAACGUACAAAUCUGGGGAAACGGUGACAAGAGGACCUUCUGCCCUGAGACUACCGGAGUAUGUACGUAUACCAGCAUCCGGCCUACACAAAGAAUAUUUUUCCCCUGAGAUGGGCUCUAUGGAGGUGCCUUCAGAGGUCCAGAACAUGCUUCUGCCCUCGGGCCUGCCUGCCUGGACACCCACCUACACCACAGCUGGGAAAAAGGUGGAGGUGAUGUGCCAUCUGGAUCGCAUGUAUGUGAGAGUCCAGAAGAGUGUGUUUGCAGACAUCAACGCCUGGAAGAACCUAAAACUGGGCACGUGUUCUGUCAAUAAGGCCACUGCCUCUCACUAUUAUUUUCGGAAUCCUCUGAAGUCUUGUAACCUGAGACGAAGGGAGGAUCCUAAUGGCAUAACCUACACCAAUAUACUGCAAUACCGACCUCCCGUCACUGGGCCGAUUGUUCGGGACUGGCCGUUUACCAUACCAAUUCGAUGCUUUUACCCCAAGUUUCAUUUGUCUUACCAAGUUGGAUUUUUGCCCAAGAUCUCCGCUGGAACUAUGUAUAUUGGUCUAAAAUCCAGAUUAGAUGCUUCACUUACGGCAAUGGACGCAUCUUGGAAUGUGCUUCCCGAUGGAAUGAGUUUCGUGCUCGGUCAGCCGAUCUGCUUUGAAGCCAAAGGCCCCAGCGUUGCUGGAAACCGGCUUUAUUUCAACAGAUGCUUCGUCACUCCGUCUCCAAAGCCUAUUUCAGCUGACAGAUAUGUUGUGGUUGAGAAUGCAGGCUGCCUGGUGGACAGUAAAAACAGUGCUAUGUCCCAAUACUACACCACUACAGACAAUAGCACUGUAAGACUGUGUUUUGCUUCAUUUUUCUUCAAUAACAUGGUUUCCAAAGAACCGACCCGAAAGACCAUGUUUAUGCAUUGUGAAAUGUACAUGGCACCAGAAACUCCUUCACCCAGUUCAAAGUCAUGCACAUUUGAUCUUCAAACGAAGCAGUGGACUGAGGUGUAUGGUGAUGCUUCUGUAUGUGAAUGCUGUGAAUCUUCAUGUCCUACUCCUCUGCUUACUGCCGCCAAGUCAGUGAUAACCAGUAAGUCUUGGGAUUUGAAACUGGGCCGGAAACCUGCUGGGAAGAAAGUUGUGGAGUCCAUCCCUUUGUUUUCUGAAGGUGGUUAUUGGAAUGAAUACUAGAGGAACCAUCAUUUCUGGAAAACCAGUGUUUAGCAUCUUGAUCCAAGUGUUUUUGUUCUGUGACUGUAAACUGAACUGAUUAUUUAAAUAAAUGAGUUGAUGUAUUUAA